AUGUCUUCCACCAACGAGCACGGCCAGGACAAGUCCCACGCCAUCGACGACUCGGCUGUCCCAGGCAAGGUCCAGGAGGCUGCACCAAAGGGUCUUGAGGAUUCCCCCCCAGAGAGUGUCCACCCAACUGGCAACAAAGGCGAUCAAUCUACCAACAAGUCUCACGCCCUUGGCGGCGGUGAGGAGUCAGUCGUUCCACAGAAGAUCCAGGAGAAGCUGCCAGAGAGCGUCGAGCGCGCUGUGCCAAAUGUCAUCCACAACACCGGUGAUAAGAAGUAG